GAGGAUGGAUACGGAGUGACGACGGUGUCACGGCUCCACACAGCAGCUCAGGUUGACGGUAACGAGCAGCGUAAACACACCGAGGGAAUAAAAGAGUUUCAACCGAACCCCCCCAAACUCAGGAGCGUCUCGUCGGUCGUUUCUUGUCCGUGUUGUCGUCGCUUGUCCGGGAGGAAGAAGGAUAUUAUGGCUGCUCUCCCCGCACAGAUCCAGGGACUUCAGUCAGAUGAGGAUGGCACCAGAAUCCUAAAAGUGAAAGUCAUUGCUGGAAUUGGACUGGCCAAAAAAGACAUCCUUGGAGCCAGUGAUCCGUACACUCGGAUGUCCCUCUAUGACCCCGUCAAUGGAGAAAUCGCAGGUCUUCAGACUAAAACGAUUAAAAAGACACUCGACCCAAAGUGGAAUGAAGAAUUCUUCUUCAGAGUUGAUCCCAGUAAGCAUCGUCUGCUGCUGGAGGUGUUUGAUGAGAACCGCCUGGAUGGCACCAGAAUCCUAAAAGUGAAAGUCAUUGCUGGAAUUGGACUGGCCAAAAAAGACAUCCUUGGAGCCAGUGAUCCGUACACUCGGAUGUCCCUCUAUGACCCCGUCAAUGGAGAAAUCGCAGGUCUUCAGACUAAAACGAUUAAAAAGACACUCGACCCAAAGUGGAAUGAAGAAUUCUUCUUCAGAGUUGAUCCCAGUAAGCAUCGUCUGCUGCUGGAGGUGUUUGAUGAGAACCGCCUGGACUUCCAGUGA